GACCGCUGAGAACGCGGUGAGCCCACUGCCAGUUCGCGCUCCGACAGCCUACCACAGUCCCGGUACAACACGACGCCUCCCACAACCGCCGCCGUUCUCCAGCAACCAUCGCCUCACGCUACCGGCGCCAAAAGACUUUCGCGUCCGCUGCAGGAACUGUGGGGAACCAACAGCCGCGCAGACGACUUCCGUGAGAGGAGACAGCUGUAUUGUCGUUUCGGAAACUGCUUCUGGAUCUUUCUCAGGGGACGUUGUCCUUCACUGCCUCUCUAGUGUCAUUCUAUUCGCUCUCCCUACAGGCGCGCCAUGUCGCUGCAGCUGGAGCAGCUGGCGGAGCCGGCGGCGCUGCGCCUCGCCGCCGCCUGCCGCAGCAGGGUGUACCCGCCGGGCGCCUACCGCGUGCGGCCCAGCGGCUGCAUCGUCACCGACCUCUACCCGCAGCACGCGCAGGCGCUCAGGGACUUCGACAUCUACGAAGACGACGUCUGGAUCGCCUCCUACCCCAAAUGCGGAACAACAUGGACUCAGGAGAUGGUCUGGCUGAUUGCAAACGAUUGCGACUUUAAAACUGCCAAGGAGAAGACUCUGAACGACCGAGUACCGUUUUUUGAGAUGAUGACGGUGCUGGAGUUGCCACCGGAGAUCACGGACGAGGCUCUGAAGGGCGCCUACAGCGGCAACAUCAAACGGCCUCGCUACUUCAAGACGCACCUGCCCAGGGACUUGCUACCCAAGCAAAUAUGGACCAAAAAACCCAAGAUUAUCUACGUGUCUCGUGAUCCGAAGGACGCAGCGGUGUCGUACUACCACCACCACAGACUGUGGAGCGGAUACAUAGGCACUUUCAACGAGUUCAUGGACGCUUUCCUCGACGACUUGGUGCUCUUCAGUCCAUUUUGGAGCCACGUGCUUGACUAUUGGAGUCUACGCCAUGAACCAAACAUUCUUUUCAACACAUAUGAAGAAAUGAAGAAGGAUCUUCCAGGGGUGAUUCGCCGCACGGCGCGCUUCCUGGACCGCCACCUGAGCGAGCAGCAGGUGGAGCAGCUGGCGCAGCACCUGAGCUUCAGCAGCAUGAAGGACAACCCGGCCGUCAACAACGAGAAGUACGUCCAGGAGGAGAUCCGCCGCAACCAGAUGGACGACCGCGACGGGCAGCUGCGCUUCGUGCGCCGCGGCGAGGCGGGCGGCUGGCGCGCCGAGAUGACGCCCGAGCUGGCCGAGCGCUUCGAGGAGUGGACGCGCCGCCACCUCGAGGGCACCGACUACCGCAUCGGCGUCUCCGGCGGACACUGAACCACGCUCAGUCUUCCCACAACACGUCUCGGGAGCGCAAGCUUAACAGAGUAGUUUUUACAUAACACUGUCAGCUGCCAGCAAGCAAAUCUUCAUCCUCUUUUAUUCUCAUCUGGCAAAAAUCACGAAAGCCUUUCAUGUUGCAGUAACUGGUUUGCACCAUCCAGUAAUCAUUUUCAGACUGUAAGCACAUACUGACAGCAUUGACAUUGUUUCAGUCGCUUUGUCGAAUUGAAAUAAUAAAGUUCGCAAAGCAAAGGGCAACGAUACGUCACUGCUUCCUGCACGUGCUUUUCGUCCGAUGACGAAUACUGGCUGAUCGAAACUGGUUACUGUAUUGUGAAAUACUUUCGGCAUUGCCGUCAUUAGUAAAUAAAAGAAGACUAUUAAUCACAAAUACCCUUCAUUAUUUCCGAAGAGAUGUUUAUUUGCUACCAGUUUCAGUCUAUUUCACCAUCAUCUUUCAACAUACACAAUUUUUAUGUGGUGUCCACAGAGCAUGGGGCGAACUGCUACAUCCGGCUUAUGACCUGAAAAUAGCCGAUGAUAACCACAAGAGGUAAUUUUAUAUUGAAAUUGUUGUGAUUUUGCCAUACAAGUAAUUAUUAUUGGCGUCUACAGUACGACUGAACUGUGGCUAUUUCCAAAAUAAAGGUGGCGCUGCCUAUACUUUUGUUCAAGGACUGGCAGCUGUUUGCCAAUUCACUGUGCGAAAGCCGCUUGCAGCCAUUAAUUGCUGCUGAGAUAGUGUAGUUAAUUAGAACUUCUAUGAUAGUCAUAGACAGGGAACCGUAACUUCCGUAGUAAUGUGUUAGGUGUUGCAUUAUGCUAGUUUACAGCCAGUUACCAAAGAUAAACGAAUAAGUGAGCAUAUAAAACAAGGAAUAGGAAAACAACAACAUACGAGUGUUCCUGUGCAUUUAUUCAGCCAGCACUGUUUUCGAGCAGUCUUUCUACACAAAUUACCUUCUCAAGUGUUCUUAACAUCUUUGUAUUUGUUUGUGAAGCUUUCUGCUCCCUGCGCAAUUGAAGACAGUUUUGGAGUUUAACAAUAGUUACCAGUAGCUCCUCUGUAUUUCGACAUCGUCGCACAAGACACUUGAAAACCUUAACAAAUUCUACAAGUAAAGCUGUCGCGUUCUAGACUAAGCAGUUCCAUAGUGAAGGGGUCGACAAAGGACAAGCAGUUGACAAUAAAUUAUUUCGUCCUUUAUUUCCGCUUAACUCUGCUUUUGAUAACACCAACGACUCAACAUUCAUGUAAUAAUACCGGCAGUCAUAUCAAACACAUCAUAAUGAUUUCAGGAAUAGGUGAUUCGUCUAUUUUUCUUUUAAAAUCAACAUCGUCUGAACGUAUCAAAGUUUCUGUAACGGGAAGCCACAGAAAAGGAUACCUGCGUAUUUCACAUACUGAAAUAAGUUCUGAGGAUUAUUGUCAUAAAGCUGCUCUAAAGGUGAACACAUGAAGUUUGCAGUGAUACUCUUCAAACAUUGCCUUUUUUCCAUUUAUGUGAACGGGAACUGAAAUCAAAUGUGGCCCAUAGGUACAAACAUUGUCAUUUAAUUUUUCUCAUUACAGUGUUCACACGCUGUGAACCUUAGGAUCAUGGGCAUUAUAUGGAACUGCGGAAAACAAUACGUUUUGGUGCGGUUGAUAUUGUUGAUAGAGGUUUCCCCUGAGCCCCGAAGUACAGAUACUGGACGAAUGUCCCUCGCGAGCCUAGCGCACUGCAGUUGACGGAAACGGCGGACAAAUUCAAAACUGGUAGUUUGUCCGUAUCUUAGUGACAGAACAUUUUUAUGAAUAAAAGUUUAACUAAGGGAGAGAUCAUAAAACGAUAUGACCAUAUAUUUUCGGGAGACCGUAUAUUCCACAGAGGCCUAAAAGUGUAGCGUGUUGUUUUAGGAGCAUUGUGUCUGCAACAAGCGAUUUGUUAUGAAGCGGAAAAAUAAAUUUCUGGCAUGUUUGUUCAAACCACGUGGCAGAAUAUAUCAUUCGUACCACACAGCUGCAUAUCUUAACAGCAGCAACAAAAUACUGUACGCAAUAAAUCGAAAUGCCAUUGUUUCAAGCAACAAACUGCCUAUUAUCUUUCAGGAAAUGCAGGUCACUACUUUUAUAGCUCUCUUGUUCAAUUUAUAAUACAUUUCGUGUGUGUCAUGGAUAAAUUCGUCCAGCAUUCGCGAACCGUAUGCAAAUGUUUGUUUACCUAAGUUCAAGUAUUUAUUUAGAGUUUGAACCAGACGAGUAGCAUGUAUAAUAAUAAGUUAAUGACAACUGGGAUUCCUUUCUAGUCCCCUGCAGUUCUUGCGUUAUUUUGUAGCAAAUAUCCUUCCAAUAAUUACACCUGUACAAUAAUGCGAAGGAGUAAAAUGUGUCUUUUGGUACUGCAUUUCAUACGACAUACACAAGCAAGAAACAAAUCAUGGAAACUAGCAACCCAGAAUUCUACGUCUACCUUUACUACUCCUAUAAAACAACUGAAAUUUGUCUGAUUCAAAACUAUUUACAUUUUUGAACACUGAUUAAUUUCCAACAAUUUGCAAACAUCAAACGAAACUUGCAAGUAAAAAGU